GCAGGUGCCGCCAUGGCGGUGCCCAGGCGCUGAGGGCGGCGCCGGGCCGCUGUGAGGGGCGGUGGGACCCGGUAGCACCCGCUGGUACCGGACCUUGGGGUGCUCYGGGGGGUUCCGGGACAGCUCCGAGCUUCCCCAGCCCCAGAGAGCGGGCGGACGCUCAGCCGCGCCCCUCACGAAGCCGCUGGGCCGCCUCUCCGCGCUCCCCGGCCCGCUCUGCUCUGCCCUGUCCGGCCGGGUCAGGGCUCUGUCCUCCCCGCCCUGAGCUCUCCGUCCGCAGGGUGACCAUGAAGGUGGUGAACUUGAAGCAGGCCAUCCUGCAGGCCUGGAAGGAGCGCUGGAGCGACUAUCAAUGGGCCAUAAACAUGAAGCGGUUCUUCCCCCGCGGAGCUACCUGGGACAUCCUCAACCUCGCAGAGGCUCUCCUGGAGCAGGCCAUGAUYGGGCCAUCCCCCAACCCACUCAUCUUGUCCUACCUGAAAUACGCCAUCAGCUCCCAGAUGGUGUCUUAUUCCACGGUGCUGACGGCCAUCAGCAAGUUCGAUGACUUCUCUCGGGACUUGUGUGUCCAGUCGCUCUUGGAGAUCAUGGACAUGUUCUGUGACCGCCUCAGCUGCCACGGCAAGGCCGAGGAGUGCAUCAGCCUGUGCCGGGCCCUGCUGAGUGCCCUCACCUGGCUCCUGCGCUGCGCCUCCUUCUACGCCGAGAAGGUGAAGGAGCCRCUGGAGCAGGCGGCGGCGGAGAACCAGCUCAAGAUGUGCCUGGAGCGGCUGGAGAAGGUGCUGAGCAGCACCAAGAACCGCGCCCUGAUCCACAUCGCCAAGCUGGAGGAGACGUCCUCCUGGAGCACCGUGGAGCAGUCCCUCGUCAAGCUGGGAGAGAACCUGAACAACCUCGGCAACUCCCCGCUGCGGAGCCAGGCUGACGACUGCGUGUCCCUCAUCAAGAGCAUCCCCACCAUGCUCUCAGUCCACUCAGAGCAGCUGAACAAGACAGGCUUCCCCACCGUGCACGCCGUGGUGCUGCUGGAGGGCACCAUGAACCUGACGGGAGAGACCCAGCCGCUGGUGGAGCAGCUGAUGAUGGUGAAGAGGAUGCAGCGCAUCCCCUCCCCGCUCUUCGUGCUGGAGAUCUGGAAGGCCUGUUUUGUGGGCCUCAUCGAGUGCCCUGAGGGCACGGAGGAGCUCAAGUGGACGGCCUUCACCUUCCUGAAGAUGCCCCAAGUGCUGGUUAAACUCAAGAAGUAUCCCCAGGGGGACAAGGAUUUCACUGAGGAUGUGAACUGUGCCUUCGAGUUCCUGCUGAAGUUGACCCCUCUGCUCGACAAAGCCGACCAGCGCUGCAACUGCAACUGCAUGAGCCUGCUCCUGCAGGAGUGCAGCAAGCAGGGGCUGCUCUCYGAGGCCAACAUGAACAACCUCAUCGACAAACGGGCAGCGGACAAGGAAAACUCCCCAUCCCUGAAAUCGGCCGAGAACGCCAACAUCCAGCCAAACCCGGGGCUCAUCCUGAGGGCUGAGCCCACUGUCACCAACAUCCUGAAGACCAUGGAUGCGGAUCACUCCAAAUCCCCCGAGGGUCUGCUGGGGGUCCUGGGUCACAUGCUGUCUGGGAAGAGCCUGGAUUUGCUGCUGGCAGCAGCAGCAGCCACUGGGAAGCUGAAAUCCUUCGCUCGGAAGUUCGUCAAGCUGAAUGAAUUCACCAAGCAAAUCACCGGAGAAAUCUCCAAGAGUGGCUCAGUCCGGGCUCUGCUCUUUGACAUCUCCUUCCUCAUGCUGUGCCACGUGGCCCAGACCUAUGGCUCCGAGGUGAUCCUGUCGGAUUCCAACCCUCCGGGCGAGGUGCCCUUUUUCGAGACCUGGAUGCUGACCUGCAUGCCYGAGGAGGGGAAGAUCCUCAACCCCGACCACCCCUGCUUCCGCCCKGAUUCCACCAAGGUGGAGUCCCUGGUCGCCCUCCUCAACAACUCCUCCGAGAUGAAGCUGGUGCAGAUGAAGUGGCACGAGGUGUGUCUGAGCAUCUCAGCUGCCAUCCUGGAGAUCCUCAAUGCCUGGGAGAACGGAGUCCUCACCUUUGAGUCGAUCCAGAAAAUCACAGACAACAUCAAAGGCAAGGUGUGCAGCAUGGCAGUGUGUGCCGUGGCCUGGCUGGUGGCCCACGUGCGCAUGCUGGGCCUGGAUGAGCGGGAGAAAUCCCUGCAGAUGAUCCGGCAGCUGGCCACGCCCCUGUACGGGGAGAACACGCUCCAGUUCUACAACGAGCGGUGAGCUCGGGGCACGAUGCCCUGCUGCUGCCCUGCUUCCCCUUCCCAGUGCCCUGCUGCUGCCCUGCUUCCCCUUCCCAGUGCCCUGCUGCUGCCCUGCUUCCCCUUCCCAGCAGCAGGGCUGGGUACUGGGACAGUUAUGGGUGCUGGAAAAGAGUGGGGCACCCCCAGCCCUGCCCGUGCCCCCUCCUCCCUGCCCUCCACCCCGCAGGAGCUGCUGAAGGAGACGCGCAAGGAGCACACCCUGAGGGCUGUGGAGCUGCUCUACGCCAUCUUCUGCCUGGACAUGCAGCAGCUGACACUGACCCUGCUGGGCCACAUCCUGCCCAACCUGCUGACGGACUCCUCCAAGUGGCACACCCUCAUGGACCCCCCCGGGAAGGCCCUGGCCAAGCUGUCCGUGUGGUGUGCCCUGAGCUCCUACUCCUCCCACAACAAGGGCCAAGCCUCAGCCCGGCAGAGGAAGAGGCACCGGGAGGACAUUGAGGAUUACAUCAGCCUGUUCCCGCUGGAUGACACACAGCCCUCCAAGCUCAUGCGGCUGCUGAGCUCCAAUGAAGAGGAUUCCAACAUCCUCUCCAGCCCCAAUCGCUCCAUGAGCAGCUCACUCUCUGCCUCCCAGCUCCACACCGUCAGCAUGCGGGACCCGCUGAACCGAGUGCUGGCAAACCUCUUCCUGCUCAUCUCGUCCAUCCUGGGGGCCAAGACAGCCGGCUCCCACACCCAGUUUGUGCAGUGGUUCAUGGAGGAGUGUGUGGAGUGCCUGGAGCAGGGCAGCCGUGGCAGCAUCCUCCAGUUCAUGCCCUUCACCAUGGUUUCAGAGCUGGUGAAGGUGUCCACCAUGUCCAGUCCCAAAAUCGUGCUGGCCAUCACUGACCUCAGCCUGCCCCUGGGCCGCCGUGUCGCCGCCAAGGCCAUCGCUGCGCUGUGACCGGGGCUGCUCCAGCCAAGAGCGAUCCCUGAGGAUCCCAUGGAUCUCCCUGACAGCCUGGAGGCCUGGGAUGGCCUCUGUCACUGCAGCUCCUGGGGGGCUGCUCCCUCACCACGCAGAGCCAUCCCCCUGCUGUGCUUCAUGGCACCUUUGAGACUGAGACGCCCCCUACUUUUUUUUUAUUCUAUA